AUGUAUACCGAUGAUGAGUCUGACGGAGCUUCUGUUAUCUCUCAAGUCGAGUCCGUUUUCUCCAUAGCGUCUUUGCACUCAGCAGCGACCGGCCUCUCAGUAGCCAGCGGAUUCAGUGCUGCACAGAUAGAGACCGCUACGAAAGAGCUGCUGCACAUCUUUCUGGAUGAUCAAGUUUUGGCUUCUCUAUAUACCGUUGCUGUUGAGCGUGUGGAUAUCGGUCCUGUACGAUUGCAACGAAACAUCGGGCGCCUCUUGAAGGCUUUCGCUCGUGAUCUGCGGAACGAAGCUGAACAGGAGCUGGAGAAGUUGGCAGCGCGCCUAGUCUCCGCAAAACGUUAUUACGUUGCGCAAGCCAUUAUCGACCGUUACGAAAUCAGAGCUCCGUCAGAGCUUACAUCACACCCUCAGUCACCACUUAGGUCUCAACAACGGGAAGACAGCUCAGACGAAGAGGAAGAAGAAGUAGAUGAAGGGAGGAUGGAAGAGCCUGUUGACGAAGAUCUUAUCGAGGACCUUCUGGCGUUUCGGCAGUUUCUGGCUGCUGGUGAAGCGUUUGAAAGAUUCCGAAGACAAUUGGAGGCCUUUGUCUUACCGAAGUUGACAGAAGUGAAGAAUGAAACAACUGUAGGAGAACCCUCGACGAACAUGGAAUCAGCCCCAAAUCCUGGAAGCAGACUUCCUGAGCAAGCUAAACAAAAGGUCCAACCAACGGUCUUAAGCAAGAUUCAGAAGGCGACUGCACACUUAGUGUCUGCAGCAGGGCUGCUGGAACCACCUCUCGACUGCGGUUGGGUUAGGCUAAGAUGGCAAUGCAGGUGUGGGCAACAAUUCUUUGGCGAUGUGAAAGAGUUUCGUGCCAACGGGGUCAAAGAGCUCAUCGAGAAGAUGAGUCGCUCAACAGGCGCCAAAGUCACCGUUGUGCCCUACGACAGCACAUCAACAAAUCAAAAUUGGGCACUCAAAGCCCCAUCAUGGGUACGAAAGCUUACUAGCACUUCCAAAUUCGGGCAAGCAAAAGGUUCGAGCUCCACAGAGUACUUACCACAGCACAACGUUCCCGCACAAUGUCCUCAAUCGACAUUGUCAACACCGACUUCCAACGAUACAGUACCAUCAAAGCCAAAGAUACACCUUUUGUCUUGUACACAUCGUACACAGCGCCGGAAAUGCCUCCUUCAAGAUCCCAUCGAUUCCGUAUUCACGGAUCGAGCUCUGUUCUGCUUCAUGCAGCAGCAACUUCAGCGCAACCGAAGUCGGAUUCGUAGCUUACUUUCGAUGAGAAGUAUUCAGGGCAUGUUCUUCGUCAAGUUCCGACUGCGGAUGGGCAACAUGGUCGAAGUCCGAGACCACAAUCCAUGUUGUACCUCGACGAACCCAAAUACGUGCGAAUGCAUACCACCAGUACCAAAGGUCGAACCAUCGCCAACCGCAGAGUAUCGCUGCACUCCAGCCGGUCCUCUCGCCACGUGGCCGCCAGUCCUGUCGCAGGAUUUGAUGCACAUGCUCUCCUCACCAGAGUGCAUCAACGAACAAGAGACAUGGGUUCUUGAUCAAUUACCAAAGCGAACGGUUGGUGAACUCCAAGCAAGUGCUGGCCAACCAGCAGAAGGAUGGGGUGUCUACUACCAGGAGGGGGUCGACUUUGAUAUGGUCAUCGCGGUAGUGUUUGUUGUUUUCCUUCUGGCCAGCCUGCUUUUUGCUGUGUUGUGGACAAAGUUCGAGAUGGAUGUUCAGGGGGCGUUUGGUGUGAGCUCCUACAUGAUCACAGCUGCUGGAAUCUUUCUGGCAAUGGUGGCCAGUCGGGCGAAGAACUUUGGCUCAUGA